CUGUGGGUGGGGAGAAACCGGGAGGACUGGGUGCGCGUGCAGGGAUCGGAAGCCGGUUGGCGUGUGAGAGGUUUUCUCGCUCUAGGAGAUUCUUCAAGCAAUCACUAUGUCAACAGACACAGGUGUUUCACUUCCUUCAUAUGAGGAAGAUCAGGGAUCAAAACUUAUUCGAAAAGCUAAAGAGGCACCAUUCGUACCCGUUGGAAUAGCAGGUUUUGCAGCAAUUGUUGCAUAUGGAUUAUACAAACUGAAGAGCAGGGGAAAUACUAAAAUGUCCAUCCAUCUGAUCCACAUGCGUGUGGCAGCCCAAGGCUUUGUUGUAGGAGCAAUGACUGUUGGUAUGGGCUAUUCCAUGUAUCGGGAAUUCUGGGCAAAACCUAAGCCUUAGAAGAAGAGAUGCUGUCUUGGUCUUGUUGGAGGAGCUUGCUUUAGUUAGACGUCUCAUUAUUGAAGUUACCUAUUAUUGUUGGAAAUAAACUAAUUUGUAUGGGUUUAGAUGGUAACAUGACAUUUUGAAUAUUGGCUUCCUUUCUUGCAGGCUUGAUUUGCCUGGUGACCGAAUUACUAGUGACUAGUUUACUAACUAGGUCAUUCAAGGAAGUCAAGUUAACUUAAACAUGUCACCUAAAUGCACUUGAUGGUGUUGAAAUGUCCACCUUCUUAAAUUUUUAAGAUGAACUUAGUUCUAAAGAAGAUAACAGGCCAAUCCUGAAGGUACUCCCAGUUUGCUGCAGAAUCUCACAUAUUUUGGACGUUGCAUAAGAGUCCUAUUUGCCCCAGUUAAUUCAACUUUUGUCUGCCUGUUUUGUGGACUGGCUGGCUCUGUUAGAACUCUGUCCAAAAAGUGCAUGGAAUAUAACUUGUAAAGCUUCCCACAAUUGACAAUAUAUAUGCAUGUGUUUAAACCAAAUCCAGAAAGCUUAAACAAUAGAGCUGCAUAAUAGUAGUAUUUAUUAAAGAAUCACAAUUGUAAACAUGAGAAUAACUUAAGGAUUCUAGUUUAGUUUUUUGUAAUUGCAAAUUAUAUUUUUGCUGCUGAUACAUUAGAAUAAUUUUUAAAUGUCAUCUUGAAAUAGAAAUGUAUUUUAAGCACUCAUGCAAAGGUAAAUGAAUACUUUUUAAAUGUGUGUGUUGCUUAUUUUUUCCAUAAGAAUUGUAAACAUUGAACUGAACAAAUUACCUAUAAUGGAUUUGAUUAAUGACUUAUGAGCAAGCUGGUUUGGCCAGACAGUAUACCCAAACUUUUAUAUAAUAUACAGAAGGCUGUCACACUUGUGAAAUUCUCUUGUCUAAUCUGAAUUUGCAUUCCAUGGUGAUAACAUGGUAUAUGUAUUGUUAUUAAAGUAAAUGACCCAUGUCAAA